AUGGCAGCAACAAACGCUACGACCGCUCAGGCCCAGCACAAGUUCAGCAACCUCCGCCGCCGGCUGGAUCAGCUGGGCUAUCGACAGCCUCUGGGAAUAGAGUCGCUGCCCCUGGUUGAGAAGCUGUUUGCCGAUUUGAUCCACACCACCGAGAGUUUGAAAAAUGCCAAACUUGAGCUCUCAAAAAAGACUGAGAUUAGCACAGAUGUGGAUUCGGCUGUGGAGGCCUACAAGAUUGACAAUGCCAAGUUGAUCAAGGAGAACAAUGAGCUUCACCUGGCUCUGAUCAAGCAGAAGGAGGAAGCCGACACAGUUAUCAGAGAGCUGAAAGCCUCAAUGCGAGACCUGGAACACAAGACAGCAGAUCUCCAGUUCUUGAACAACCAGUACAUCAACAAAGUUCGUCAACUGGAGAGAGAGUCCAAGGAGAAAUCGGAGGCUAUUCUGAAACUACAGGAGAAGAACUUUCAUGCUGUUGUACAAACUCCAGGGGGCAGAAAGAAAACAGUUGCCUUCAGAAGACAGCGCAUGGAGAUAGACCAGGCUGUCCCAGAGAGUGAUGGUUUUGGCUUCAAGGUAGAACUUAAUGUUGCCGAUGCACGGAUAGCUGAGCUAGAGGCAGCGGUACAGUCAGCAGCCACACAGAAGGAGAUCACAGACAGAAAACUUCAGAGCUUCCGAGAACAGUUGUCUCACCGUGAUGAGGAGAUCAGUCGACUGACCAGAAUGUUGGACGGGGGACGACCCAGCGAUGUUGUGGCACUCCAGGCCAAGAACCGUGCCAAUGAAAGGAUGAUCUCUCACCUGAACAUUCAGGUGGACUACCUGCAGAACAAGAACAGGGAAUAUGAGCGCAAGCUUCGUGAGGUCAGCCAUCAGCUGGACGCAGUCGAAUCCAAGGCUAGCAUCUACCAGAGCAAGAGUCAGGACCUGGAGAGUGCUCUCUCAGACAAGGAGAGGGUCACCAAAAAGUUGCAGACGGACAAGAACAUUGUUGUUGAAGCUGCAGACAGGGAAAUGAAUGAGGCCAAGGAUGAGUUGGAGAAGUCACGCCACGAGCUAGAGGACAUGGAUCUGACUGUUGCCCAGCUGAGAGCAGAACAGUCCAGGCUGGUAAAAGAGCUGGCAGAUCUCAAGGCACAUCUGGCAACCAGGGAGGCUGACAAUGUCCGCCUGGAGGGAUUGGUCGACCGACUCAGUGAGGAGAAAAAGAGGCUGGGCCAGAGAGUGAAUAAAUUAACAGCAAAUGAAAAAGAGCUGGUGCUGGAGAUAGAAAGACUAAAGAAGAAGAACGGGCCGUUGAAGAAAAGCAAACUGCCCAGUAAACUGGACAUGUUUAUUCGAGGUAUAGAAGAGGAUAGGGACUACUAUAAAGCCCAGGCUGAAGAUCUGCAGGUGAGGUGUCAUGUUCUUAGGUGCUGGCUGCAACUGUUCUCUCUCUCUCUCCUCUCCUGUACCACUACAAGGUUGCCAUUGAAGUGUUUCAUGUCAUUUUUUGACAUUGCCCAGUACGAGGCUAUCAUCCGUGUGCUUGAAGAUGAGAAGAAUUAUUACAAGAAAGAAUACGAGGCUUUGAAGGCGGCACGUCGAUCUGCCUCUCCGGUUAAAAUAGUUGCAGCCAAGUCAGUCUCAGAGGAGCUGGAGCUUGCCCGGUUGACCAGGGAGAGGGACGAGCUGAAGUCGUUGCUGGAUAAAUUUGAGAGACACAUGUCUGAGAUCCAAGCCAACGUCAAAGUGCUGACUUAUGAGAGGGACAAGCUCAACACCAUGUACGCCGAGGCCAAAGAUGAGUUAAUGAACCUGAGAAGAGAACUGAUCUCCUCACCCAAACAAUCCAAGACUUCCCUGGCUGCUCAGGCUAUCUUGAGGAGGAUUGAAAAUGAGAGGGAUGAUGCCAUUGGUGAUCUGAGGAGGAUUACAACUGAGAGGGAUAGCCUGAGGGAGAGGUUAAAGAUUGCCACAGAAGCCUCCCUUUCUGACAGGGCCAAACUGGAGCAGCAGGUGGAGGAUCUGGAGUCCACCCUACACACUGUGGAGCAGGAGAGAAACGAACUGGCUGUCAGGAUCAACACUUUGAAGGAUGAAGCUAAAGUCAUGGAGGAACAGCUAAGGGAUCAACAGAUGAGAUUAAACACAGCAUCUGACGAGACCACUAAAUAUAAAACUUCGGCAGAACAAAUGAAGUUGCUUGUGGAGGAGACCGAGAAGACGCUGGAGAGUGCCUCACGUCGGCUGAGCAGGAAGGAGGAGGAACUUCGGGAUCAGGGCCAGAGAAUCAACUCCUUGGAGGAGAAGGUUCUAGAGCUUCAGCGAGUCAACCAGAUUCAGAAGGAGGAGAUUGAUGUGCUGAGGUCCAACCUCAAGUGUGUGGACAGGGAGAAGGAUUCCAUACAGACGGCUGUUGAUGAGAAAACUGAGAAGAUAGCUCAGCUCAACAGUCAGCUCCAUGACAAGGAACGUUACAUUGGAGAUCUCAAGCUGAGGAUUGGCGAGACUGAGGCCCAGCUGGAGCAUGCCAACGAGACCUUGAAUCUGAAGGACAGGGAGUUGAAGAGCAUGCGGCGGCAGCUGGACUCGAUGUCCGAAGAGCUGAUGGAAGUUUCCAGAACCAAAGAUCUGAUGGCCAGGGAAAACCGCAGACUGCAAGAUGACCUGGCUGUCAUGACCAAGGAAAACCAGAAAAUGAACCAAGAGCUGGAGGAUACCAUUGAUGAGAAGGAGGCUCUGAAGACACAGGUGCAGCAGUACAUCCUGGAAGUCCGACGUAUCGAAGAUGUUCUUGGUGCUAAAGAACAGGAGAGAUCCGAUCUGCUGGAUCAGUACCGCAAGCUGUCCAUGGAGCUUGAGCAGUACCAGACUUCCAGCCAUCAGCUGGAGAGUGAGGGUUCCAACCUGCGGCUGGAGCUGAUGACCAAGGACUCUGAGAUCAGGAGACUGCGGGAUAAAGUGGACAAUCUGGAGAGAGAGAUCCAGGAGCAUUUGCAGACUCACCAAGCAUAUGAAAUUCAGGUGUCUAACCUGACCCGCUCGGUGGCCAACCUGGAGGAGAACCUUAGAGUGACCGAGGAUGAGAAACAGAUGCUUCUCUCGGACAUGUCCACGGCCAAGGAGAUUUGUUCUCGCCUGGAGACCAGUAAGGAGAGUUUGAACCGCCAGCUCUCGGCCGCUGAACUAGAUAAAGAGCAGUUGAAGAACUUGAUAUCCGACCUGCAGCAAGAGAACGAGUGCCUCCGUGCCCAGAUUGAGCACGAACGUGGCAACAGCAAAAAUCUGGAGAGUGUUCUACAAGACAACCGAGAGAAGGAGUUCCACGCGCAGCUGUCCACCCAGGAGAAGAUCACGGAGAUCCAGAUGUUGAAGGAUCGAUUGUCUCUGAAUGAAAGCAAACUACAGAGCAUGAGCCGAGAGGUUGCCUCCCUGCGGACCAGGAACGUAGAGUUGGAAGGGGAUGUGGAGAGGAUGAGGCGGCAGUUAACUAGUGAACGAUUUGAGAGAGAGCGAGUUGUACAAGAGCUGCGACGUAACGGUAUACAACCACCUGUGAUGAUCAGUGAAUACGCGGGUCGCAGCAUUAGCCCGGGCAGAUCUCGUAGUCCCGCACGAACCUACAGCCCUACGACCAGCAUUAGAGCAAGGUCUAGGUCGCGGUCAAGAUCGCCAGGUGUCAGGUUCCGCACCAGUCCAGACACCACGAUGCUAAACAGCAGUCGCCGGAGCUACCUGUAUGAGGAUGACCACUCCAACACACCUGGACGGUCAUCAUCAUACUCACAGGACCUCCUGUAG